GCAUUUACUUCUCAGUUGCGGAAGUGUUAGAACGUGCUACAAUCUCUAACAUCUCGCCGUAUACGAAGCUGUUUCCCCGGUCGAUUCAUUUAUAAAAAUGCAAAUCUUGCGGCUUUUGUGCCUGUGCUUGGCCUGCCUGCUGCCUUGCGGUCGGGUGCAUGGUCAGGGGCACUUGCUGGACAAGCCCGUGACGGAGCUGUGCCUCAACUGCAUUUGCGAGGCAAUGUCCGGCUGCAAUGCGACUGCUAUAUGCACCAACCCGGAGAAGGGCAUCUGCGGCAUCUUUCGCAUCACCUGGGCGUAUUGGGUGGACGCUGGCAAGUUGACCAUUGAUGGCGAUCAACCCGAUUCGGAGGAUGCGUUUAUCAAUUGCGCCAACGAUCCACACUGCGCCGCCAACAGCGUCCAGAACUACAUGAAGAAGUUCAAUCAGGACUGCAACGAUGAUGGCGAAAUGGAUUGCCAUGACUAUGCCCGCAUACACAGGCUGGGCGCAUAUGGCUGCAAGGGCGAAAUGCCCUACAAGUACCUGAGCACCUUCGAAGACUGCAUUGAGAACUACGCGGAUCAGGGCUUCGAGUAGCGGCCAUAGACAAAUACCCACAAUAAUAUUAAACACAUAAUUGGUAUUGCUUUCAAUUUAACGGUUGGUAUCGGUUAUAGCUGAUAAUUAUUAAAUGAGAAUUGUAAAUCGGCAGGAAUAUGGCUUAUAUUAAAUGUAUUUUUCGUCUUUAAAAUAUAGUUCAAAGAAGGCGUCUUUUAAGCUAACGCUUCGUAUUA